AAAAUACGUAAUAAAUCGAACUGAACCCAAUUUUAGACCGGUUUAGUCAAGAAUACGUAUAUGUCCUCUCGUGUUGCUGAUAUUAACAACUUUACCCUUGUAUCUGUUUCAGUCCAAAACCUCACAAAAAGCAAAAACCCUAAUUUACAUGGUCGUGGCCUGACUAAUCCCUAAUUUUUCCGAGAGCGUCGACGCCGACAAUCGCCGACAGAGUUUUUGCUUCUCACGCGAUAGAAAGAAGAUGAAGGAGACGAGAAAGCUGAAGAAGAGUAAUCUCCCUAAAGUGACGGAUAAAAUCAAUGCAGAAGAAACUGUUGGGAAAAAAAUUCAGAGGAAGAAGAAUGAGAAAGUGAGCAAUGUCGAAUUAAGCGAGGAUCCUCAGGCUGCACAGCUUCAAGCUAAAUCAAGUGAGAAACCCAAUAGAAAGAAGAUUCAGAAGGGUAAGGAAAUAAAAAGCUCUCCAGCUGAUGGUAAGCUGAGUGGGAAGAUGAAGAAGAGAAAAGAGAAAGUAGGCAAUGUUGAUAUAAGCGAACCGAUUCUGGAAGCUAUUUCAACUGAGAAAGUAAAAGAAAAGAAGGGCAAAAUGAACAAGACUAAGAAGAAAAGGAAGGCCGAGGAAAUAACUAGAUCUUCAGUCGAAGAUCUGAAAAGAGAAAGCAAGUUUAAGAAAUCAAAUAAGAAGAAAAAGAUGGACAUGACCUCUAAGAAAGAGAACAAAAUUGAAGAGGAGGAAGAUGUUUAUCAAAUUUCUUCAGGCGAUGAGGAUUGCACAAGGGGAAUGAAAAAGUGGGUUAGUGAUUACUAUGAGGGUAGACCUGGUUUAGACGAGCUCCAAAAGAGAAUCGAUGACUUCAUGACUGCUCAUGAAGAACGCCUUGAACAGGAGAAACAAGACAAAGAAGCUAAAGCUGCAGAAGGUGGAUGGACUGUGGUCGUGCAUCACAAAGGAAGGAAAAAGACAACAGAAUCUGAAACCGGAACAGCCGUUGGAUCUUUUUCUCAGGCUGCUUUGGAGGAUAAGAUCGCUAAAAAGAAACAGAGUGAGCCUGUCGCUCAUGGUUUCUACCGUUUCCAAAGGCGAGAUGCACAACGCAAUGAACUCUUGGCGCUUCAGAGUAAGUUCGAGGAAGACAAGAAGAGGAUACAACAACUUCGAGCUGCUCGUAGGUUUAAGCCUUUCUAAGGAAGAACACAUUCUGCUUGAAAAAACAUGAGCUUUGUGGGUUCAGACUCUGAUUAAGCUCAUGAGCAAUAUCAUGAAUGUGUUUUAUGAUCAAAUUUUGUAAUUGACCAUUUCAGGCUGAUAAACAAAAAGAAAUAUAAUUUUUUUUCCCUUGGAACAUUAGAUUGAAUCAA